GGAAAGGUCGAGACGGGACCAUGCGCAAUCUCAACGCAACACAACCGAGAUGGAUAGAGUUGAGCGCGAACCUUCGCAGAUAGAACACUCUACCACGGGGACAUUGUAUAAUACUAAUCAUUGUCCUACCGCAUGUGUUCCCGCACUCGAAACCCGCCUUGCUCCUCUCGCGCUCCCGUUUCCUGGACAACGGUUUUUGUUGCUCUGCCAAGGGGUUGUCUGCCGCGAGGCAACGUUCUAUUUCCCCCGUUGCCGAAAAAUGUUCAGUAAAUUGCGUGAAUAAAUCAAUAACAACGAUGACCUCACCUGGGAAGGCGCUUCACUCUCGGAGUGUGCCAGACUCCCCAAAAAGAUCGCCGACUGUCACGAACAAACGACGCCAAUUGAUCCAGGACUCCAUGAAUCGUCUCCUCAUGGAUAUCAUGCUCGCCCAACCUGAACAGCCGCUGAAGUUUAUCGAGGAAUAUUUCAGUCAUCCCGAAGAUUCGCUUGAACGGCACGUCGUGUGUCUGAAGGCUCUGAACCCACUGCGGAUCUCCAAUGUGUUCAUAUUCCAUAAAACUUUCCAUUCGCUGUGUUCUCCCGAUGCCAAUUACUUACGCUGUGAAGUCUUGGUCGAUCUCGUCGACCGAUGUCUGUCGGAUUGUGAUUUCUCAUUGCAGACCCUGUUGAGCACGAAGCCGAAGUUUCUUGGCCAUGCAAUCAGUUUCCGGGUUUUCCAUUUAGUGCUGUACGAAUGUCUGUGCUAUCGGCACUUCAAAAACUACGUCGAUAAGCUCGAUUCGAAUGCCGCGAGCUCGAAACCAAACCCCGAAAGUCUUUGGACCUCCAUUGAAGAGAUGAUACCUUGCCAACACAAAAGCGAAAUGCGAGACGCUGUCCUACAAUCCUCGUCGAUCCGCUUGCCUUAUCAAGCAGCCGAAGUGUAUAGGUCGGAGAUUCUUGAAAAGUACGUGAGCUCUCUUCUCGUUGAGAACGAGCGAUUCUGA